AGUGGAAGAAAAGUCCGCAAUUUUAGGCCUCGUUAGACAGGAGGCAAGGAGAAAUUCUACACUCAUAGUCAAAGUCUGUUCAACGUUGACAAAUCCGGGGGUUGCCAAACGUGUGUAAAUCCAAAACGGCUGCGGCAUGUAAUUCCGGACCGGCGGCUCUCCUCCGGCGGCUAUUUGACGCUCGGGAUCUCUUCAUAUCGACAUCAAAAAAAUUUACAAAACGAGCAGUUAUGCAUAAAAUAAGAUAAUAAAACAUUAAAAUAUUAUGCCCCCAGAGACCUGCAGCCGUCCUGCGGCCCCAUUUUGACCACGUCCCAGAGGUUUGUCCGUGAAGCCGCUGAACCAACGGCCAAUACGUUCGCAUUCCAAAACCCUCCGUUUCCCCACAAAAGUUUAAAAAACUUUAUCCCAUUAUUGUGAUGCUUCCGCUUUGAUGUAUCCAAGAGCCGUUUUUACUUGGACUCAACCCUCCCUCGGCUCUUCAAGCCUUGAAUCCUCACGUGUCCCCUCCCUGCUCUCUGUUGUUGCGGUCCAAAACCAGAGGCGAAACAGAGAGAUGCAGAGACUUGUUCAAAGAGUGAUUUGCGGAAUUGCAUGAAACGUUUGUAAAUAUCCACGCACCAGGGUCCCACUUGCAGACUGUCAGAUACGGACACAAGAGAUUCAGCUCACCUUCUCUUGCCUUCUCGCUAUAAAUUCACUCCCCUCCCCUUCAAAUUCCCAAAGCUCUCUAGGCUUCUACUGCAUUCUCGUGAAGACAAAAGCCAAUCAAAGGAACCGACCAAAAUCCUCUAAAAUGGCCAUUUCCCCAAUUCUUCUGGUCCUUCAUUCUCUUCUUCUCUUCUUCGUUUCAGUGGCUCUGUCUGCGACGUUUACGCUGACGAACAACUGUGAGUACACGGUGUGGCCGGGGUUGCUAUCGGGAGCAGGCACGGCGCCGCUGGAGACAACGGGGUUCGCGCUGGAAAAGGGGGCGUCGCAGACCCUGAAUGUGCCAUCCAAGUGGUCCGGCCGUAUCUGGGGCCGCGCCCUCUGCUCCACCGACUCCACAACCGGCAAGUUCACCUGCGUGACCGGCGACUGCGGGUCCGGCACCGUUCAGUGCUCCGGCAGCGGCGCCACUCCCCCGGCGACGCUGGCCGAGUUCACCCUCGACGGCAGCGGAGGAAUGGACUUCUACGAUGUCAGCCUCGUCGACGGCUACAACCUCCCGAUGCUGGUGACGCCGCAAGAUGCGAGCGCCGGCGGCAACUGCAGCCCGACGGGGUGUCUGGUGGACCUCAACGGUGUUUGCCCGUCGGACCUCAAGGUGCUGGCGAGCGCCGACGGGGGAAGCGAGAGCGUGGCGUGCAAGAGCGCCUGCGACGCCUUCGGGUCGCCGCAGUACUGCUGCAGCGGCGCCUACGGGAGCCCGAACACUUGCAAGCCUUCGUCCUACUCCCAGUUCUUCAAGAACGCCUGCCCCCGGGCUUACAGCUACGCCUUUGACGACUCCACCUCUACUUUCACCUGCAACAACGCCAACUACCUCAUCACCUUCUGUCCUGACACUGCCAGCCAGAAAUCGGCGGGCGAGAAUCCGGCGGCGGCGGCAGGGCUGCCCGUGAUCAACAACACGAUGGUCUUCCAAAGCGGCGACCAAGCCAGCGGCAGCCGCACUCGCGCGGCGCUUCUCCCCAUGCUUCUCGCCGUCCUCGCCGCGUCGUGCCUAUCAUCGCGUCACUGGUGACUGGCCCACGCGCCGUACAGCGACCCUGGAGCACGCGCGGUCCAUGUGCUCGCCCGCUCCCGCCGCGCGUGCCAUCGUCAUCCAUGAUGGUCCCCGAGGAACGGAAAGAAGCUCCCUCCAGAUUCCAUUCUUUUGCCCUCCCCGUUCUUAUCAAUUUUUUUUUGCCCUUAAGAUGGAUGAUUUAUAUGAUUGUCCAAAAAAAAAAAAAUAAAAUAAAACAUAUAAUAUUUUGAGAAGCUUUUGAAACUGAAGAAAACUAUAUGAAAUAUUAUAUAUAAUAUAUAUAUAUUUUUUAAGAUGCUUGUAAGGGUGGUUGCUAACUUGCUAUUGAUUGUAUUGUUCAUUGUAUGGUGAGAGGGAUUAUUUUAUUCACUGUAUUCACACCGCGCGUAGAGCUAUCACGUCGCUCUCCCGGAUGUGAAAUUGGGGGGUGGAGAAGAAAUCAAGCGGAAUAUUGUAAUACUUUUUCAGAAAUGGACAAUAUCAGCAAUACUUUUUCAUACA